GAUUCACAAAGCGUGACGGCUAGAGCCAGCAACGUGUCGCCUUCAAUUACGCAACAUCCGGGUUGCGCAAUUCUGGAUAUAAAAGAACUAACAAAGAUGACGUAGCUACCUUUUUCAGUUCAGACUUACGAAAGACUCACGUGUCGGCGGUCUACUUGUCCUUUUCGAGCUGUGGCAAUUUGCAAAUUUCUGUGCAUUCGGUUAACCCCAACCUUCCAAAAUGAAAGACAAGACUCAUAUUAACAUUGUUGUCAUCGGUCACGUCGAUUCCGGAAAAUCGACCACCACCGGUCACUUGAUCUACAAGUGCGGGGGUAUUGACAAGCGAGCCAUCGAAAAAUUCGAGAAAGAAGCCGCUGAGAUGGGCAAAGGGUCUUUCAAAUAUGCUUGGGUGUUGGACAAACUUAAGGCCGAGCGUGAACGUGGUAUCACCAUCGAUAUCGCUUUGUGGAAGUUUGAAACCAACAAUUACUCCAUCACUAUUAUUGAUGCUCCCGGUCACAGAGAUUUCAUCAAGAACAUGAUCACAGGAACAUCCCAGGCCGAUUGUGCCGUGCUUAUUGUUGCUGCUGGUGUUGGUGAAUUUGAAGCCGGUAUCUCCAAGAACGGUCAAACACGAGAACACGCUCUGCUUGCGUUCACCCUUGGGGUCAAGCAAAUCAUUGUAGCUGUCAACAAGAUGGACAGCACGGAGCCAAAAUACUCCCAAAAGCGUUUCGAAGAAAUCAGCAAGGAGGUGACGACUUAUUUGAAGAAGGUCGGUUACAACCCCAAGGCUGUUGCCUUCGUCCCAAUUUCUGGUUGGCACGGUGACAACAUGCUGGAGGAGUCCGAGAACAUGUCUUGGUACAAGGGGUGGAGCCGUGAACAAGAUAAGAAAACUUUGACUGGCAAAACCCUCUUCAAUGCCUUGGACAGCAUUGCCCCACCAAAGAGACCAACAGACAAGCCUCUUCGUCUCCCACUUCAAGAUGUUUACAAAAUCGGAGGUAUUGGAACUGUCCCAGUCGGACGUGUGGAAACUGGCAUCUUGAAACCAGGAGUCGUUGCCACAUUCGCUCCAGUUAAUCUUUCCACUGAAGUCAAAUCUGUAGAGAUGCAUCACGAGUCUAUGACAGAGGCUCUUCCAGGUGACAACGUUGGUUUCAACGUAAAGAACGUCUCUGUAAAGGACAUCAAGAGAGGUUACGUUGCUGGAGACUCAAAGAACGAUCCACCAAAACAGGCUGAAACUUUCACAGCUCAAGUUAUCAUUCUGAACCACCCUGGUCAAAUUCAUGCUGGAUAUGCACCAGUGUUGGAUUGUCACACUGCACAUAUUGCUUGCAAGUUCCAGGAAUUGAAGGAGAAGAUUGACAGACGUAGUGGUAAAAAACUGGAAGAUGCACCAAAAGCUGUAAAAUCUGGUGAUGCCGCCAUCGUUGUUCUGAAGCCACAAAAACCAAUGUGUGUUGAGGCAUUCCAAGAAUACCCACCACUUGGUCGUUUCGCUGUCCGUGACAUGAGAAACACCGUAGCUGUCGGUGUUAUCAAGAGUGUGGAGAAGAAAGAGGUCGCCGGCAAAGAGACCAAAUCUGCCAAGAAAGUCGGCAAGAAGUGACUGCAGCCAACGACACCGCCCACCAUCACUUCUGCAGUUUUACUCCACCAGCUUGCUCACCCUUCUAACCAUUUCAGCCUAGUUAAACCCCCAGUUCAAUUUGUCAGCCUUUUAAAUUGCGUCAUGACAUUUCAGUUGUUACUGUGUGCCGCUCUGUCCACAUGGUGUAGUUAUGUUUUUCAUUACCCCCACCGAAAACACUUUCGUAGGAAAAAACCCUCCGUUUCGUGCCAACUUAAAAGUGUUAUUUUUGUUUCUAGCGCUGCUUAACUUAUUUAAAAUGACAAGACUAUCUAUGAUUUUAAACCAUGGCUUUGAAUGGCGUACAUGUAUUAUUGUGUUUAUAUUCAGUUAAACCGUACUAUUACUGCUUGGAAAAUUCAGUUCAUUCCUUCACCGAAGGUGCUUAACGUGGUUGGUUGCGGUGUUGUCAAUUUGCUGUUGGAAAUAAAGCUUCUGUUAAGUGUA